UGGAGAGCGUUUGCGCGAAAAUCCGAUUCGGAUCCACAGUCGCAAUCGAAACGUUGAGUCGGAGACUUUCUCCCGCGCCGUCACAUCAGCCGAUUCACUGAAAUGUUCAAAGUCUAAUAAUAUUUGUGUUUGGAAAUCCCAAUAAAUAAUUUUAACAUUUCUUGGUUUCUUGCUUUUAAAUAUUAUAUAUUUCGAUUAAAUUAGUGACAAAGACUUUCAAGUGUAAGCGAAAUUGGAUCCAAUGAGGCGACACAUCCGGCGUGGAGGAGGAAAUUCAUAAAUGAAAGCUUCUAAUUGUCGGAGAAUGACAAACGCGACAAGAAAUCAUCGGGAACAAUAGCCGCAAAAAUUGCGCCACCAAACCGGGCGAGAUGCUGUUGAUGCCCACAUCGUGUGGGCCGGGUCCUCCGGGUCCACCUCCAUCGCCCACCACCACCGACCACGCCCCAUUUCCCAGAACCAUAACCUCCACUACCACCUCCAGUUCCAGCUGCACACACAGCCACACCCACUCUGCUGCCGAGUACUGCCCGUCCCCGCUCCGACAGGAAAGUGAUGGCGAAAAGGAUCUGCGGUCAGAGAGCCCCAGGAGUUCGAGGAACAUUUCGGGUCCGGGACUUUCCCGUUGGCUGCUAAUGCUGCUGAUGCUGUUCGCCAUUUUGGCCCAGACUCCAGGGAGCCAGGUGGCAGCCGAGAAGAGUAAACACUACUACAUGCAAUCGCUGUGCAAGAACCACUUCCUGCAGCAGCUGUACCGGAAGAUUGACGGCGCCGUACUCUGGUCCCAGAACGAACGCAACCUGGACUGCAUCAUCACCUUCCAGACGCACUCGGUGCUGCAGCGGUUCAUGCUGCGCUUCGAUAUGCUGCAACUGGACUGCAACGAUCACCUGCUGGUCUACGACGGGGCCCAUGCCGUCUCUACGCCCAAGAUUGACAUCUCCUGUCGGAACACCAAGAACACCGUCAACGCGCUCCUGACGCGCACGAACUUUGUGACACUGAAGUACGUGACCGAUGGCUGGGGAACGGAUGCGAACGGUUUCAAGUUGGUGAUUACGUCGGUGAAGGAUCCCAAGCACACCUGCAAGGACUUUACCUGCGCCACCCGCGAGUUCUGCAUCCAUCCGGACCUGCUGUGCGACGGCGUCAACCACUGUGGUGACAACUCCGAUGAACUGGUCCAGAAUCUUUGCCAGAGUGAUACGAGUAGCACUGUCUUUGGCAUGGACAUGACCUGGUUCGUCUUGAUUGUCGUUGGUGUCCUGCUCGUCCUGAGUGCUCUCAUCGUGGCGGUGGCCAUUUGCGUGUGCCGUCGCCAGGACGAGAAUGCCACCAACCAGAACACCUCACUCCAGUUACACCACAAUGCCGAUACGAAUGGUUCGUCGAAACAUCUGCACUACCAUGGCAUCAGUGUCGGCGGGACACUGACGCGGGAGCACACACAACUGCCGACGUCGGGAAACUGGCAUCACCCUGCGGGACCAUCCGGGUACCACCGCACUCCACACAACUUCUUGAAGAUGGCCACCAAAGUCCGUCCCAUUUGGUGCUUGGCAAAUUCCGUCAAUUAGGUCAAGAUCUUUCGCAAAACUCCGCCGGGCUCAGUCAGACGAAUCUCGCCGGAGCUGGAGGACACCCCAACAAUGCCAACGCCGCCGGCGCUGCGCAGAAGGACGAAUGGUUCGUCUAGACCGGGGGAUCACUGUGAAAGAACAUAUUUGACUUGAGCACAAUAAUCUGUACUUUAUUAAGUAAAUUUAUGGAUAUUUGCAGAGCAUUAAAUGAAGACUGUAUGACUAUAUUUAACAACAAUUAGUGUGGACAUCACCGCGCAGGGUGUAUUAUAUAGAGAUUUCUCCUCGUACCCAAGCAGAAUCUCGAAGGCAUUGGGCAGAAUGUGCCAGUUCUGUCGGAUAACCAAUGCACUUGUAAAUAGUUUAUAAAUAUAUAAUUUAACUGAUUAAUACUGCAAGCUGGCUAACAACAAACUUUUCCCCAAAAUCCCCGAAACAGUAGAAAAGAGUCACCUCCCCUAAUUUCUUAAUUCUUUGGCAAUUGUUUAGGGUAAUUUAGAAUGCAAUUAGAGUUCAAUUAAUGAUCCUCGAUUAAAUAAUACUUAGUUUGCAUUGCGGGUUGCGAUCAAUAUCCCCAAAAUUAUUGUAUAACGAUUCAAGGAUAGUAAACUAACAACUAACAUUUGAAAGAAACAAUCGUAAGCAUUUAAAUGAAUUGUGAACAGAAACCGUAAAAAGUAUUAAAGCUCAACAGAAGAUGAUUAACCGUAUACUGUCGUUAAAAUAAAACUUCCGAAUCUUAACAAAUUUUUACCACAAUAACAAAAAUAAUGAAAAUUAAGCUGAAUUCUAAUCUGAAUCACAAAAUGGACACAAGAAGAUCAACAAAAACAAGGGAUGUACAUAUGUAGUCGACAAUAUACUUACAUAGAACAACAAAAUAAUAAAAAACAAAAACCAACAAAAAUAUUAAAAAAAAACCAAAAUGUCAUUCUAAAGUUACUGUCACCUCUAUACGAUUUCACCUCCCACUUCCCAUUGUCCAGCUGGAAGUCUGCAUUUGCCUGAUGGAUCGGAUGGCUGAUCAUCCAGAGACUAGACAGGAGACUCAUUCCUCAUCAAUGAAAACCGAAAAUGGAAAUAUUCUGAGACAUUAAGGACAAUACAGUGAGAACUUUUUGCUUUUGAUACGACUAAAUUGAUAAUGGGACGUGGCGUACAUUUUAACCUACAAAGAAUAUGUGUCCGAAUACAAAUUUCUACAAUCAACCAAAAUAACAAGAAAUUCUACACAAAAUUAACAAAUUAAAAAUACAUUAAAGUGAAAAGAAAAAGUUGAAACAUUUUGCUACAAAAUCGAUUGAUAACGAUCAUAUAUACAUUAAUGUAUUGACGACGACGAUGUUUGUAAGGAAACAUUAUAUACUUGAGAAAACCAAAACUAAAAUGCUUCAAAAUGAUUGUAGUACUUCCCGCCGUUAAUAUUUUUUUAAAUACAUAUAUCGUACAUACUACAAAAAUACAGAUGCGAAUCUAAAUAAUAAUACUUAUAGUAAGAAGCUGAAAAAAAAAUAUAAGAAAUUGUCUUUCAAAAUACUUCCAUAGACCCGGUUAGUUCUCUAAUUUCUUUUUC